AUGCGUCUACGAGUCCUCAAUUCGAACAGCGCAUCCCCAUUGAAGAGUCUAGUGAAUCCAUCUCGAUUGCCCCCAUGGACAUGCGCGUCCUGCAAAAUUCGUGCUACUACAGCUCGACCGUACUCUAUGCGGACACCGGUCGCUGAGAAGCCUUACUACAUUACCACUCCAAUCUUCUAUGUCAAUGCAGCUCCGCAUGUCGGCCACCUCUACACAAUGGUCCUCACGGACAUCCAUAAACGAUGGCAGCUUCUGCAGGGGAAAAGGGCAAUACUGUGUACCGGGACAGACGAACAUGGCAUGAAGAUACAACAAGCCUCCGCAAAAGCCGGCGUGGAGCCAAAACCGUUCUGCGACAAAGGCGCAGAAGUCUUCAAAAGCCUUGCGCUGAGAGCCGAGAUCUUGAACGACCAUUUCGUCCGGACGACCGAUAAAGAGCAUCGAGAAGCUGUGGAAUACGCCUGGUUUCUGCUUCAGGAGGCCGGAUACAUAUACACAGCCAAGCACGAGGGCUGGUACUCUGUCAGCGAUGAGACAUUCUACCCUCAAUCUGCGGUACAGCUCUAUCUAGAGCCUGCAACGGGUCGGAAGAUCAUGAUCUCAAUUGAAACCGGGAAAGAAGUGGAGUGGACAUCGGAGAUAAACUACCACUUCAAACUGUCGGCAUUUAGGGAGCAACUACUCGACUUCUACAAGCAGAAUCCCAAGUGGAUAGUUCCCGAGCACCGCAUGAAAGAGGUCGUCCAAGCCGUCGAGUCUGGACUCGACGACCUUUCCAUCUCGCGCCCCUCCGACCGCCUCACUUGGGGCAUUCCGGUUCCAGAAGAUGAAAGCCAGACCAUAUACGUCUGGCUCGACGCGCUGAUGAACUAUGUCACAAAAGCCGGCUACCCGUGGCCGCCUGGGGAGGAGCAGGCUGGAGGCUGGCCAGCCGACUGUCAGGUCAUUGGAAAGGAUAUUGUUCGUUUUCACUGCAUCUACUGGCCGGCUUUCCUCAUGGCUCUUGGCCUUCCGCUCCCAAAGCACAUCCUCACCCACGCGCAUUGGACACUAGGCAAGGAAAAAAUGGCAAAGUCCACCGGCAACGUCGUAAACCCCUUCUUCGCCAUCGAUCGCUUCGGUAUAGACGUCAUGCGGUUCUACCUCGCUCACGAUGGCGGUGUAGUCGAUGAUGCUGAUUACAGCAACUACCACAUCAUUGACCGGUACAAGCACGCAUUGAAUGGAAGCCUGGGAAACCUAGCCAGCCGUGUGACAAGAGGGAAAGGCUGGGACAUUGGCCGUGCUGUAAAGCGAUGGGCCGCAGCCACGGACGAGAACGAGUUUGAAGACAGCGCUGCACGGACCCAUUACGUUGCCAUCAAGAAUACACAACUGGCCGUUCAAGAACGCAUGGACCAGCUGGAUGCUCGCGGCGCAGUGCAGGCUAUCGUGCAACUGAUACAAACUACAAACGCGUACUUCUCGAACUCGAGUCCGUGGACUCUGGCCAAAAAGUUGGAAGGAGAAGUAGAACUCGAGUUGGAUACGAUCAUCUAUCUAUCCUCGGAAAGCUUACGCGUUGCUGGCAUCUUACUACAGCCAGUCAUGCCCAAUAAAUCUGCUCUGCUCCUCGAUAUGCUCGGUGUCGACGAGGCACAUCGGUCCUUCGAUUACGCAGAACCGGGAAAAGAUGCCAGUUACGGCGUAAGCAAAGUACCACUAGGAAAGGGUGCGGAGGGCACACUCUUUCCGCCUCUCGAUAGCGAUCUCUAA